AAGGAUGGGUGAAUACGCGCUUCUUGUGGAGAACAACUGUUAGUGGGUUGAUAAUUCAUCAUCUCAUCCUUUCCAUCAUGAUGCUGUUUUUUCAUGUGCUGAUGCUGUCGCUUCUCUCCGGUGGUUCAGCCAAAGUUGUGAAGGAUUUUAAGAGUGAAUGUGAUGAUUUUUUUGCAAAUAAAAAAUCACCAACAGGAUUUUCUGGAAAACAAUAUGAGAAGAUCUGCCAAAAUCUAAAUAAUGUUGUUUAUUAUGCCACACUCUAUGACACUGUCAGCAAGAUCCCCGUGUAUUCAGCCUACAAGUUUGAAGGGCUAAAAAACUGCACAAGACUAAACAAAUGGUACAUUGAACCUCAACUUGAUGAUAUAAAUCAAUCACCAAACAUGAAAUUCGAGAAACAUGUGAAAAUACAAGGACUUGGAAACCGUCAAGCUCUCAACAGAGAUUAUAUGAAGUCUGACCAUGACAAAGGUCAUCUGGAACCAGUUUUCCAGGCAAACUCACAGGGCUGUGCUAAUGCCACCUUCACUCUCACCAAUGCUGCUCCACAAAACCCCUCUUUUAACCGAGGUCAGUGGAGGGAACUAGAAGAAAAAAUGGCAAAAAAUCUGUCCGAUAUGUGUAAAAAGUAUUCUGUUUACAUUGUGACAGGGGUGGUACCAGGUACUAAAAACAUAAAAAAUAGAGUGAUCGUGCCUAGUCAUUUCUGGACUGCGUACUGCUGCUUAGACAACAAUAACAAAUGUCAGAUCAAAGGAGGAUUUAUUGGAGCGAAUAAGAACAUUACUCCUGAAAACAAACUUGUGGAGAUAUUAGAGACUGACUUGGCAAGACUUUAUAAUGUCACAUCCUUUAAGUUGUUUGAUAGCUCUACAGAAUCCCCCAUCCCCCAACUCCACCCCCAAAAAAGAAGCAAGGAAUCAAAAUCAAAAACUGAAAAAAAAAAAAAAAAGUAUUUUGAAAAUAACUGAUGUUUGAGAGAAAGUUUAUUAAGUGUUGUUUGUUUUAUUUUUGACUAAAUGUUCAUAAUUAUCAGCUGAAUCAUUAAAAUCUCCAGUUUAUAUGUAAUUCUCUAAUUUUUCUGAUUCUAAGAUGUUUGUCUGUAAUGAAUAAUCAAAGCAAUUAUAAUGUGCAUAAAUGAAGUAGUAUAUAGUAAAUAACAUAUUCCAUUCAUUGUGUUUAUGUCUGUGAAUGCAUAUGUAUCCAAUUAUAUCUCUGUGUAUGUUUGAACGUGUUUACCUAUGUGUGCAUGUAUAUGCACGUGUAUUACUUUUUCUUUUUGUGAUAUAUCCUUGACGUUAUUCUGUACUGCUCUGUAAUUAAUUUCAAUUAUUCUAAAUAAAAAUUAU